AAAAAAAUUUCAAAAGUGCGGUAUCGUCUGUCAUUAACAAAAGCGCGAAAUAAAAAAUGCAGAAAACCUGCAAAAGAAAGCAGCUUCAGCUGGAUGGGCGGUCCCGGAAAACACCCAAAUUAACCACUGAAGAGCCAUACCCAUGUCACCAUAGACCCACCGCUGAAGAAUGUAGAGCCGUAAGAGACGAGCUCUUGGCUCUCCAUGGUUUCCCUCCAGAAUUCCUCAAGUACCGCCGUCACAGACUCAUGAAAAUGGAGCCCUUCAGUAACGAAGCACAGUCAGAGCCGUUGAUUAACAGUGAUGAUGGGGAUCAUAAGGAAGAAAGCGUGUUGGAUGGUCUGAUCAAAAUUGUGCUCUCUCAGAAUACUACUGAGCUUAAUUCCCAAAAGGCUUUUGCUUCUCUCAAGUCUGUUUUUCCCACCUGGGAAGAUGUAUAUGCUGCUGAAACCAAAAGUCUAGAAAAUGCAAUAAGAUAUGGCGGCUUAGCACCAAGGAAAGCUUCUUGUAUUAAGAAUGUAUUGAGUUGUCUGCAUGAGAGAAAAGGCAAACUCUGCUUGGAGUACUUACGAGAUUUGUCGGUUGCUGAAAUUAAGUCUGAGCUCUCCAAUUUUAAAGGAGUUGGCCCUAAGACAGUGGCUUGUGUUUUGAUGUUCAAUCUUCAGCAAGAUGAUUUCCCAGUGGACACACAUGUUUUUGAGAUUGCUAGGGCCAUCGGUUGGGUCCCUGCUGUAGCGGACAGGAAUAAGACAUACCUUCAUCUCAACCGUAGGAUCCCAAACGAACUUAAGUUUGAUCUGAACUGUCUUCUGUAUACACAUGGUAAGCUUUGUCGCAAAUGCACGAUGAAAGGAAGUAGCCAGAAAAAGUUGACAUCCAAAGAUUGUUCCUGUCCCCUAAGUGUAAAUGUUGUUGAGGGUUAAAUUUUUUAGAAUUAAGACUAAAUUGAUAUAAUGUAUAAAUAUUGAGGGUUAAAAUUAUUAUUAUGUUAAAUUAAAAGCUGUCAUGUUA